CCGCCCUUUAAUUGAGGCGCUAGUGCUCUUCCGCCGCGAGAAAUAGUCCCUGCCUCCACGCUGAGGGAAGGAAGAAGGGCCCACUCUCUCUCAUUUUCUCUCUCUCUUCCUCCUGUGACUGGCUGCCGGGGAAGGAAGGCCUUCUCGACGCCGCUUCCGCUCUUUCCAAGGAGGAGGAUGGCGGGCCCCCGGUGAGGCCUGAGAGAGAGCGAGGCGUGCCCCUUUCCUCCCUUCCAUCCCUUCCUUCCUCUUCGAGAGCGGGGGAAGGGCGGGCCCCGGCUCUGCAUGCCCUGCCCGCCUUCCUCGCUCGCCACCUGAGGGCCCGGCAAGGAGCGCAGCAGCAGGAAGAGGAGGAGGAAGGGCAGGAGGCCGGGAGCGGAGGGAAGGCAGCCACCAUGUCGGGACGGCCCAGGACCACCUCCUUCGCCGAGAGCUGCAAGCCCGUGCAGCAGCCCUCCGCCUUCGGCAGCAUGAAAGUCAGCCGAGACAAAGAUGGCAGCAAAGUGACCACAGUAGUAGCUACUCCUGGACAGGGUCCGGACAGGCCUCAAGAAGUUAGUUACACAGACACCAAAGUGAUUGGAAAUGGAUCUUUUGGUGUUGUGUAUCAAGCCAAACUCUGUGAUUCGGGAGAGUUGGUUGCUAUUAAGAAAGUUCUACAAGACAAGAGAUUUAAGAAUCGGGAGCUUCAAAUUAUGAGAAAGCUUGACCAUUGCAACAUUGUCAGAUUGCGUUAUUUCUUUUACUCCAGUGGAGAGAAGAAAGAUGAGGUAUAUCUUAAUUUGGUUCUGGACUAUGUUCCUGAAACAGUGUACAGAGUUGCUAGGCAUUAUAGUCGAGCCAAGCAAACACUCCCCAUGAUAUUUGUGAAGUUGUACAUGUAUCAGCUGUUCCGAAGUUUAGCCUAUAUCCAUUCCUUUGGAAUAUGCCAUCGAGAUAUAAAACCACAGAAUCUUUUACUGGAUCCCGACACAGCUGUCUUAAAACUUUGUGACUUUGGAAGUGCAAAACAGCUAGUUCGUGGAGAGCCCAAUGUCUCUUACAUCUGCUCUCGGUACUAUAGGGCGCCAGAGUUGAUCUUUGGAGCCACAGAUUAUACCUCCAGUAUAGACGUUUGGUCAGCAGGUUGUGUAUUGGCAGAACUAUUACUAGGACAACCAAUUUUCCCAGGAGACAGUGGUGUAGAUCAGUUGGUGGAAAUCAUAAAGGUCCUUGGAACCCCCACAAGAGAACAAAUUAGAGAAAUGAAUCCAAACUACACUGAAUUUAAAUUUCCCCAGAUUAAGGCACAUCCAUGGACUAAGGACUCGUCAGGAACAGGACAUUUCACCUCAGGAGUACGGGUCUUCCGGCCCCGCACUCCACCAGAAGCAAUAGCGCUAUGUAGCCGUCUGCUGGAAUAUACCCCCACUGCACGUCUGACUCCGCUGGAAGCAUGUGCACACUCUUUCUUUGAUGAAUUACGGGACCCAAACAUCAAAUUACCGAGUGGGCGAGAGAAACCGGCCCUCUUUAACUUCACCACUCAAGAACUGUCAAGUAAUCCAUCUUUGGCUUCAACCCUCAUACCUGCUCAUGCCCGAAAUCAAGCAGCUGCUUCAACCCCUACAAAUGCUCCAGCGGCCUCAGAUGCUAAUGCAGGAGAUCGAGUUCAGACCAAUAAUGUAGCCUCAGCAUCAGCCUCCAACUCCACCUGAACUGGUCACGCGCAGCAGCCUGUACAGAAACAAUCGCCAGUAAUUUUGAGUCUCGCUCAGCAACACUGGUCACAUUUGGAAAGAACAUGUAAAAAGAGGGGGAAAACUGUUCAUUAUAGUGUUCAAUUUUUUUAUUAUUGUUGCUCUUAUUUAACCUUGUAAAAAUAAAUACAAACCAGUUUCAUUGUUUGCUCACUCUGCGGGCUCUUUGGGCAGGGGACUAUGUGGGGUGGGAAGAGGGGAAGUGGAGCAAUAGAACACAGUCAUGUCUCUUCUUCCCAUGACAAUCUUCAAAUUUCAAAAAAGAAUUGCUGUUAGUUAUUUUAGAAUCAGGAAUCUUGUGCCCUUGCAAAACAAAAGAAGGGAAACCCUAAUUCUGCUCAAGCUCCUUUUUAAGCCUUGUAUUUUUUAAAGUGAAAUUUUGACUUUUGGUGAAGUACAUAACUUGAAUUUGGUCAGGAGCUUAGCAGGAGUUGCUUGCCUUGAAAUCAUACGCUUGGAGAUCUUUUACUGUCUUUGUGUUUUUAGGUGAGGAGGGAGAACAUGGUGAGGUGCUAAAAUAUGCUGAAUUGCCAAAGGGGGAUGAGGGAGGGGAGGGACGUUAUUGUGGGAAGAUAAUAAAUCUUGGAAGAGUAAGAGUCCAAUGUUGAUCUUAAAUUCAGUACUAACAUUGGAAAAUCCUGUAAAUAUAUAUGCUACAUAUACACACACAGACAGUUGAGCCUCAUUUACCUACUCUAAUCUUGUUGGAGCUGAAGAUUAAAAGAUCUGCAAAGCACAAAAAAAAAGACCCUGGUCUGUCUUCGGCAAGUAGGAGGGAGGUACACAGGCCUCAUGGGUGCAGAACGUGGGUUGAACUUGGGGCAAAGGCACUUCCAUAGCCUCCCCUUCCGUUUUGUACGGGCUUCUUCCUUGAAGAAGACAUAAAAAGAAAGCCUGGGGUUAGGAUGUGAAUGGUCAUAAUAUUUUCAUAGGAAUUCGAGGUGGCAAUUUGGUCUUAUUGUUUUACUGGUCAUUUUGAAUCCAAAUCUAGAAUUUGUAUGUAACUUCACCAUUUUUCAACCUCUUCCUUUUUAGUCUUUAUUUAUUGAUUUUCAGCAGUUGCUGUUGUCACAAUGGUAGAAUCGUAAUAAGUAGACAAAUCAGUUUACUUACUCCUGCUGACCUAUAAAAAGCUAAGUGUGUGUAUAUAUAUGCACAUAUACAUAUAUAUAUAUAAUAUAAAUAUAUACAUAGAUACAGUGCUGCUUUUUAUUUUUUAUUCUAACUGGUCUGACUGAAGCAGAAAUGCCUGUUUCCUGGUGUCUAUGUUCUGGGUUGUUAUUUUAUAGUGGUUAAAAUAAAGUCUCUUGUUUAUGAAGUGAAAGCAAUACUCCUUGGAAGGCUCUAGUGAGGUAGGUGGUGAGAAGGAAUGCCAUUGCCACUGCAGAAACAGGUUCUUGUGACUGGCUUCCUCUUAUGUUUGAGAGAUGUGCCUAUCUAGCCUUAUAUUCAUUCAAAUUAAUCUUCGCCAUCUUGGUGCUCGCGGAAGUUUUGUCUCCUUGGUCCACGGUCUUUGUGAAACACGGUUGUGACCCCAUAAGAGCUGGCUGUAUACCAAGGCUGCCGCUCGGAGGCACCUGGACUUGGGACCUCAUCCUCAAUUCCUCUCUUUCCAUCCAUAGGUAGCAUAGGCCUGGAGUAGAGGCAGAUGAGCCCUGUUGCAAGUCCUACCAGAUUAACAGUGUUGGCCCGGGAGGGAGUGGAUGUCUGGCUGCCUGAAAUGCCAGGUGAUUGACAAGGAGAGUUCACAUGAGAGGGCUUUGAAAAUGUUUCAACAGCCGUCAUUGUGGAAACCAUCUUUGGUCAGAUACUCCAGUUUCCUGUCAACUCACUUAUGAUGCAUGAAAAGCCUGAAAGAAAUGAGCCCGUAGAUGUUCAUUCUCCGUGUCGAUUGUGGCCUUUGUCAGAACUCAGGGGUCCCAGGCAGGGCAGUGGCAUAGAGAGGGGAUCCAGUUCUGUGGUCAGAAUAGCAGGGCAGUCUGAAUUUAGAAAGGAUUUGCAGAACUUUUUGUUAGCUUAAAGCUAGCACAGGAGAAGAAUUAAAAGCUUUCUUUUUUAAAAAAAUAAUAAUUUGUGUGUGCGUGUGUGUAAAAACUGGGAUCCUGUUGGUUUUAUUUCCUUGUGGAUCAUGGCGGACUGCAAAUAAAAUUUUAUAGAGAUCUAGAUCCAGGUGUUUCAGUACCAUUUCCUUUUUUUGUAAAUAAACUGACAAAAGCUCCUCACCAAAUUCAAGUUUGUACAUUUGUUCUUGAAAUUUUGAGUUGUAUUGCUUUGUAUGUAAAUAUGUGGUCACAGGAACUGCUGUUAAUGAGCAAAAAGUUACCAUUCAGGGCAGUUAAUUUUGUUUUAAUAAUCAAACAAAAUGUAGACGAGCUUUUUAAAGCCAUAUAGUUCUAACUCUGUACAGUAGAUAACCGGCCUGUAUUAUUGUAACAAUAACUCUAGUGAUGUAUAGUAUAUCUAUAUAGUUUGGAGUGCCUUUGCUUCCAUGAUUUUUUUUAAUUUUAUUUUUGUUCCUCCUUUUUGUAACAGAUGUCUCACACAUGGAAUAUCUUUGCUUCCCUUCUUUCAGUGAUUUCAUGGUCAGUAGCAUAAUAAAAAGAAAGUGCAUCCAUAACUAUUUUUAUUUCGAACCAUGGCUUCGUUGUAGAGGUUUAUAUUUGUCCCCCUGUCCCCACAAAAGCAGAGACCGGUUUCAUUUUAUAUUUGCCACCUUGCUGCCAUCUUAGGUGGCAGGUUUACAUUUUGCUCGUCUUUUCCUAGUGCUUUUGUCUAGAGUUCUUGUAAACAACAACAACUCGAAGCUUUGGUUUAGUUUCUUUGUUCCUGCAAAAAGCAGAAUUGGGCUUUAUAAGAAGAAACUGUAAUGGAAGGAGGCGGGAAGGCAUUGGGGCCAGUCAACCAGUCUCAGUCUCUCCCUCCCUCCCCCCCCCCUUCAUAUGCAUGUGUGCGCACGCACACACACACGCCUUUUGUAUUUUAUGGAUAUAGAUACCAAGCAAAACUUUUGACUUGAGAUUAAUUGGUGGUACCAAGAGUCUGCAGUUUUAGAUUAUCACUUGCCCUCUUUCUCCCCAUCCUACCCCGAAUGUUAUUUUAUGAUUAAAAAAAUAACCUUUUGAAUCUGACUUUUAAUUUCUUGUGCCCAAUACAAAAGCCUGUACUUUUAAAAUAUUGUUCCUUGUGUAUUCCAUGUGAGGUUUACUUCAAUGGCAAAAUGUUGAACUUUUUAUCAAACCAAAGGUUGCUGUUUUUGUUCUGUUUGCAUUCUUUCUGUAACCAUCUUGUGUUCAUUCCAGUAAGGCAGAGGCUGCACUUUUUCUGGUGACACAAAGGUCAGUGGUAGCAUUUUGUUUCUGACAGUCCACUCAAGAGUUUUCUUUUUGUGGUUUGUUUUUAAAUGAAGUCCCCAAUGGUCUCCUGAUUGCUAUCCUUUGUCUGCAUUGCAACUACGCAUGUCCCUGAGAUGGCAGUGAUACUAUAUCCGUGUCCUUGGCUGAAAGUCAAUCAAGACACUCAUUACCUUAAUCUCAAAGUACCUUUGUUUUUUUUAAAAAGCAAAACAAUUUUUUUCCAUCAUAGAUUGCCUCUAACAUUGUCUAGCUGAUGCGUGGAAAUACUUCAUUUUAUUAAUAGGCCAAGUAAUGUUGGGUGUCUGUAAUUAGUGAUAAUUUGAAAUGUUCCCAGAUUAGUAAUGCUUCUGAAGAAAUAUUACCAAUGAGCUUUUUAUCCAUUAGAAAUGUCAGCCACUUGGGUCAAAGCCAGUGAUGAAAAGCACAGUUUAGCAUUUCACCCUGGACCUCCAUAUUCCCGGUGUUUGCAUCACAGCCCCUUUAAAUACCCACUGUUUCUACGGGAACUAAUUUCUUGCUCCAUUUUGCGAUAAGGCAAUAAAAGCAAAAUGAAGGAGGAUCUUAAAAUUGGUUCCUAAAGAGUUAGCUCGAGAUACAUAUCUUCCUUCAUUGUGUUGUUUGUUCUUCGUUUUGGGGAAAAACAGUUUAUAUAUAUAAAUAGCCAUUUAUAUAUAUAAAUAGCCAGCUUGCCUGUAAAACUUGCAUUUAUUACUAUGUUGCUGAUAGAUCACUUGGGCUUGUACACACAACUAGCGUGUUCACUUCCAUCUUAAGAGCAAAAAUCUAAAAAUAUAUAUAUAAUGGACUGUGGGUUGUAUACAAACUAUUGCAUACACAUGCAAAGCUGUCUUGAUUCAAAGAAAAAGCAAAACAUGUAUAACAUUAUUACUACUUGAAUGCCUCUGUGACUGAUUACCUUUUUCAUUUUAAAUAUAAACUUUUUGUGGAAAGUAUGCUUACUGUUUUAUUAUUUUACCUCCUCCCUUCUGCUCCUCUGUAAAUACAUUUUGUUCUGUGUGACUUGGUUCAGAAAUAGUUAACUGGUACUGUAAUUUGCAUUGAAUAAAAAUAGGUUAGCCUGGACAUGAGAUUUAAAAUUAAAAAGUGUGUGCUCUUUAUUUCAAAAUCUUUGAUGGACACCACCUUCUUUAAGUCCCUUCUUCUGAACUUGUCCCACCUCUUUCUCAAAUUGCACCCUUGCCCCAACCAAAAGGCGGGUUUGGAAUCUUUAGAGUAAUUAUUAUAAGAAAAUACAAACAAAAUCCACCUAUUUUCCUGGUCCCUACGAAUGCUACGUUUAGCAGCUUCUGUCUUCCAGUAAACCGUUAAAUUUGACAGAGAGAAAAGGGUCCCUUUUGCUCGGAUUGUAGCAGAUGCCCCUACUUUGCUCCCACCUGCAGCAUGUGCUGGAAAGUUUUCUAAAGCACCUUUAUAUUUGAGCCCCGAGUAAAUGAUUCUUGGUGAUGAUGUAAAGAGUUUGUCAUAUCUAUGUCUUGUGGGGCUGUUCCACAACCAAAUUGGCACAGUGCUAUCUCUAAGCUGGGUUCCAGUUCCUGGGUAAUGUAUGUAUUAAAUGUGAUGUCUGUUUGCGCAAAAGAAAAUUCCUUUUUCAGGCCGGGUGAUUUCUCAGUCUCUUCUGUUACUAUCCUAAAAUGCUAGAUGCAAGGUCAUGUGACUACUGCUUCAAUAAACAAAUUUCCUAUAUUGCAAA